AUGGGUUUAAUAUGUUCCAAGCCUUCGGCCGUUGAAGAUAGCCGGGAAAGCCCACCAAAGAGAUCAUCUUCAAGUUUGAGUAAGCAAGGCUCGGAGAGGAAGGCUUCGCGAUUGAAUUCUUCAAAAAGAAAGGAGGCGGUUUGGACUAAAGAUAAAUUGGGUGGUGGUAGUGAUGUGAGAGUUAUGUUGAUGGAUAAGAAAGUCAGUGGUUCAAUGCGAUUGUAUGAUCAGAAUAAGAGUAAGAAGGUAGAGAAGUCUGAUGUUGCUGUUCUGGAUCAUCCGGGUUCAAGAAGAAUUGUGAAUGCUACAGUGGCUGAGCAAGUUGCUGCAGGAUGGCCAGCUUGGCUCUCUGCAGCUGCCGGUGAAGCCAUCAACGGAUGGAUACCACGGCGUGCUGAUACUUUCGAGAAGUUAAAUAAAAUCGGCCAAGGAACUUAUAGUAGUGUUUACAAGGCUCGUGAUGUCUUGAACAAUACAUUUGUUGCUUUAAAAAAAGUCAGAUUUGAUAAUCUUGAUCCUGAGAGUGUCAAGUUUAUGGCAAGAGAGAUCCUUUUCUUGCGUAGGCUUGAUCAUCCUAAUAUAAUAAAGUUGCAAGGAUUGAUCACAGCACGGACAUCUAGCAGCUUGUACCUUGUUUUUGAAUACAUGGAACAUGAUCUUACAGGACUUGGAUCAAGCCCAAGCAUUAAGUUCUCUGAACCUCAGGUCAAAUGUUACAUGAAGCAACUUCUAAGUGGACUUGAUCACUGUCAUAGUCAUGGUGUUUUGCAUCGUGACAUAAAGGGGUCAAAUCUUCUAAUUGACAAUAGUGGCAUCUUGAAAAUUGCGGACUUUGGCUUGGCAAGCUUUUAUGAUCCUCAUCACAGUGUUCCAUUGACAAGCCGUGUGGUGACUCUUUGGUAUCGACCUCCAGAACUUUUACUUGGAGCCUCUAAAUAUGGGGUUGCAGUGGAUUUAUGGAGUACGGGUUGCAUACUAGGAGAAUUGUAUUCUGGAAAGCCUAUCCUGCCAGGAAAAACAGAGGUUGAACAAUUGCAUAAAAUUUUCAAGCUCUGUGGUUCGCCAUCUGAGGAGUAUUGGCGUAAAUUGCACUUACGAAAUUCAACAGUGAUCAAGCCUCCACAGCCUUAUAGAAGAUGCUUGGCAGAGACUUUUAAGGACCUUCCUGCUGCUGCUGUGCAUCUUAUGGAAAUUUUACUUUCUGUUGAUCCUACUGAUCGAGGAACUGCUGCUAUUGCUCUUGAGAGUGAGUUCUUCACCACAAAGCCUCUUCCCUGUGAUCCUUCAAGUUUACCCAAGUACCCUCCCAGCAAAGAGAUUGAUGCCAAAUUGCGAGAGGAAGAAGCUAGAAGGAAAGGAGCAAUUGGAGGAAGGGGUCAGAAGGUAGACCUGGGCUGGAGACCACAACCUCCAGCAGUUACAGGAGCAAAUGCUAAUGCUGAGUUAAUUGCGUCAGUCCAGAGAAGACAAGGCCAUUCUAACCAAAAGAUGCGAAGUGAAAUGUUCAACCCUCACAGGGAGGAAGCUGUUUCUGGUUUUCUGGUUGAUCCAACUAAACAUUUGCGAACAGAUAAAGAUGCUAGAAAAGAUUUAUCGGAGUACCACAAUAAGAGGACUUCAGUUUCGGGACCACUAGUCCAUGGGCCCGGAUGGCCCAAGUCUGGGAAGGAAUGUAAUGAUUCUCUUAUGAGUUCAAAUAGAGCCAACUUGUCAAAAUUGUCUGGUUUAGUAUUGGCUAGGACUGCGUUGUCUGAAGACCAACAAGAGAAACCUGGUCUGUCAGGGCCAGAAACAACAAAACGAGUUGGCGGGGUUCCUGGGUCAUUUGAUGUGGAGGAAUCCACAAAAAAUCAGGAGCGGAUGCGUUAUUCCCAGAGAAUUGCUAGGUCUCGUCAGAUGGAAGAUGAGAAAGCCUGCAUUAAAGAACCAAAUAUGCAUGGUCGUGGGCCGAAGGGAAACAAAAUUUAUGUGUCUGGUCCAUUACUUGUUUCGUCGAACAAUGUUGAUAAUAUGCUUAAAGAACAUGACCGACAGAUCCAAGAACAUGCUCGGCGAGCACGACUUGACAAGAUUAGACCUGGGAAGCAAGGGACAGAAAAUCCAACAUUUGCUUCUUGGCGUUGA